AUGGGCAUUCAUUCAUGUCCCCCAGGGCACAGCACAGGGCGCUAUGCUGGAGUGGUGCAAGCAACCUCUGCUGCCAUGCCAUGCGGCAUAGUGGCGUUGGGCAAGCUUGAUGCGUUCCAUGUGGGGCACAUGAGCGGCAUAGUGGCGCUGGGCAAGUUCAAUGCGCUGCAUGUGGGGCACAGGGUGCUCGCAGUGCAGGCAGCAGCCAUGGGGGGCAUAUGCGUGUGCUACCAAAAACCAGCCCGCGGCAUAGUGGCGCUGGGCAAGUUUGACGCGCUGCAUUUGGGGCACAGGGCGCUCGCAGUGCAGGCAGCAGCCAUGGGCGGCACAUGCGUGUGCAUGCUGUCGUUUGCCGGCAUGGCCGAAGUGCUGGGCUGGGAGAAAAGGCUCCCCCUGGUGGCGCCCUGUGAUCGCAAGAGGGUGCUGCAGCUGUGGCAGCCAUACUGCGAGGGCCAGCCCAUCUGCGAGUUCUUUCUGGACUUUGCGCUCAUUCGCUCGCUCUCCCCGGAGGACUUCAUUGUGCUGCUGGCGGAGCAGCUAAGAGUGAAAGGGAUCGUUGCAGGAUCGAACUACCGGUUUGGGUUCAGAGCAGCAGGCACAGCGAGCGAUCUGGUGGCACUGGGGGCGAAGCACGGGCUGCAUGUGAUGAUCGUGGAUACUGUCACAGACGCCCAUGCCCACAUGCACACUGACGUGCUUGCUGACUCCGAUGUCCCUGCCCCUGCUGCUGCUGCAGCAGCAUCAGAAGCAGAGGAGGAGGAGACGCACGUGUCGAGCACGCGGGUGCGGCAGCAGCUGUGCGAGGGCAACGUGGAGGCCGUGGCAGUGCUCAUAGCGCGGCGUCACCGCAUUCUCGUCUCGCUCUCCGCCUCCUCCCUCUCCUUCUCAUCGCACGCCGCCUGGGGUUCCACUCAAAGCGCUGCUUCAGAGAGUAGUGCUGGCAUGAGUAGUGUCAGCAGGAACAGCGGCGGCGGCGGCGGCGGCAGCAGCAGCAGCAGCAGCAGUGGUGGUGGUUGGCAGAUGACAGUGGAACGGCAGGAUCUCCUGAACCUAGCACCAGGGGAGGGCAGGUUCAAGUGCAGGGUGCUAGCACAUGAUGAUGACGAGGAGGGGGAGGAUGGGCGCCGGCACAGGGACGUGCUGGUGGGGGAGGGGGAGGUGGAGGUGGGGGAUGUGCAUCUGAGGGUGACGGUGCAGCGUGCUGUGCUGCCAGUGGGGCAGCUGCACAGAUGGACGUGCCUCAUGCUCGAGAUCUGA